UGUGUCCUUUAGCCUGAAGCAAUGAACCUCUCCAAAAAGCAAGCAAUAAUUCACCGCGCAAUUUGAUCUUCGCACGUUUCUACAUAGGUAUACAUACGUACGUAUGUCUCUAGUGCGGCGUUCACCGCCGUCACCAUCUUGUGCGAAACGAGCGACCUUUAAUCCCCUUCGAAUUCGUCCACUGGGCGGGGAUCUUUUUCGAAGACAUAAUUGCCUCACCUUGUACCGAACGAAUUUCGUUCACUUUUCUCCUAUAUAAGAGCCGGGGCUCGACCGAGCUAGCAUAUCACUCUUUCUUGCACAGUCGAAGAGAACAGUCAAGCAAACAAUCACCAUGUACAAGUUCGUGAUCCUCGCCGCGUGCCUCGCCGCCGCCAACGCCGGAAACCUCAUCGGCGCCCCAGUGGUGUCCAGCUACAGCGCACCCGUGGCCUACUCCAGCUCGAGCAUCGUCAAGUCUGCCCCCGUGGCCUACAGCAGCUACGCCGCCCCGGCUUACGCUAGCUACGCUGCCCCAGCUUACGCUAGCUACGCUGCCCCAGCUUACGCCAGCUACGCUGCCCCAGCCGUCGUGAAGGCCGCCGGCCCAGCUCUGGCUUACUCCAGCUACGCUGCCCCAGCUCUGGCCUACUCUGCUCACGCUGCUCCGGCUCUGGCCUACUCGAGCUAUGCUGCCCCAGCCGUCGUCAAGAGCUACGCUGCCCCAGCUUACGCCUACUCUGCUCCAGCCGUCGUCAAGACCGCUGCCCCAGCUCUGGCCUACUCCAGCUAUGCUGCUCCAGCCGUCGUCAAGACUGCUGCCCCAGCUUUGGCUUACUCCAGCUACACCGCCCCAGCUGUAGUCGCCCCAGCUGUAGGCGCCCCCGUAGCCUACUCUGCUCAUCAAGCUCAUCUGGCCUAUGCUGCUCAGCACUCCUCCCUGGCCUACUCUGCUCACCCAGCUCCUCUGGCCUACUCGAGCUACGCUGCACCAGUCGUCGUUAAGGCUCCUCUGGCUUACUCUGCCCCAGCUUGGUAA